AUGGCUACUCCGUCCGCCCUGCCUCGGUCAUCAAGCCAAGCGAGUAAUCCACCGACUGGCAGCGUUCCCCCUCGAAGAUUGAAACCGUUAUCUACCGUCUCGGAUUCCCAGAGAAGCGCGUCGCCGUCACCCUCUAAGCUUCGUCCACCUACGAGACCUUCACUUGGCGGAAAUGCUCAAUCGAAUUCUUCCAUGCGUUCCGUUUCCAGCACAAUGACGUCAAAUGGAGCCGAUAAGAGUUUGCGAAGGUCUGUCAGUAUAGCAGCCUUUCCCCAACCUCCAAAGUCAAACGGCAGACUAUCAAUGGCCUCGAUAUCAAGUUCAACUUCGAAUGUUCCUUCGACCGCGCGCAGCACCCCGGAUAUCACUAAAUCCGCCACAAUGAAACCCAGAAAACAGUCGAGACUAAGUUCAGGAACCACUGCAAGCAACCGUAGCUCUAAAGUCGUUUCUCUCCUUGAUAACAGCAGUGAUGGAAAGAUUGUCUUAAACGCGGCAGCCAGCAGAGAUUCAGAAGGUCAAUUCAGCAUCUCUCCGCCGCACAGCAGAAGCUCGUCAGCGCAGGGCUCGUAUUCGACCAGCGCGACGACCUUUGAUGAAAACGAGGAAACGGAACAUGACUCCAGAGAUAGUUUGGCGGCGGGCAAGAAGGGCGCUCGGUCAAAGGAAGCAAAAGGCAAUGUUAUCGUCAGCGUGCGGGUACGCCCAGAUACCGGUGCAAACGAAAACCCCCGCGCAGAAGGAGAGUGGAUGGUGGACGGGCGAAGGUCACUCAUCGCCUUUCGAGGAAAGGAGAGCUACGACUAUCUUUAUGAUAAUGUUUUCACUGCCCAUGACAACAAUUCUAAAGUUUACGAUGCGUCAGCCAAGCGUCUGGUCCGGAGAGUCAUGGAAGGCUACCAUGGAACUGUUUUUGCAUAUGGAAUGACGGGAACCGGAAAGACGUUUUCGAUGCAAGGAACGGCCUCGUCGCCCGGCGUUAUCCCAUUAGCUAUUACCGACAUAUUUUCAUACAUUCGCGAAACCCCCCAUCGAGAGUUCUUGCUUCGUGUCAGUUAUCUGGAGAUCUACAACGAGAAGAUACACGAUCUACUCUCAGCUUCGAGUGCAGGUGCAACUGGACCUAAUGCGCCUCCACAAGAAGAAAUCAAGUUGCGUGAGGAUAGUAAGAGAGGUGUCUAUGCCACACCCUUGAAGGAGGAAAUUGUGCAGAGUCCUACCCAGCUUCUCCGUGUCAUUGCGCGUGGAGAUCAUGCACGUAGGACUGGUAGCACGCAGUUUAAUGCACGAAGUUCACGAAGCCAUGCUGUUGUCCAAAUUGUGGUUGAAAGUCGUGAGCGAGUGCCCAACGGAAAUUCAACACAAGACAAGCGGUCUGCCGUGGGUCCAGGAGGCGUCAGAGUUUCGACUCUGAGCCUAAUCGAUCUCGCUGGUUCCGAGCGUGCUGCAGAGAAUAAAGAGAGGCGGACAGAGGGUGCUCACAUUAACAAGAGCUUGCUUACUUUGGGAACUGUCAUUGCAAGGCUUUCGGAGAGCAAAGAUAAAUCCGCCAGUGCUGCAGAUAAGGAAAGCAAGCAUCUACCUUACCGUGACACGCUGUCGGGCAAUUCACUCGUCAGUAUUCUCUGUACAAUCCAAAUAGGCGCAUCCGGCAGCGCCGCCCCUGCAAACACACAUACCAACGAGACACUCAACACACUGAAAUUUGCCGCCAGGGCAAAGAACAAUAUUGUCAGCCAUGCUAAACGAGCGGAAGAGGCGUAUGGAGGAAAUGGAGAUGGUGGGAGCAGAGUCUUACUCGAGCGGUAUCGAAUGGAAAUUCAGUCUCUACGUGCUCAGUUGGAGAACCAGAGCAAGACUCAAGCAGAAAACGACAUGAAGAUGGAGGAAGAACGGAUGGAGAAGGAAGCUGAAGCUCGGCACGAAGAACAAAUGCUCGAAAUGCAGCUUGCUCGCACUGCUCUUAAAGAGCGAAUUGAGCAUCUCAAUCGGCUUAUUCUUUCAUCCAAGUCCACCGGUGUUAAUAGCCAUGGGGGUACGGCAUCCUUUGAUCGAUUGUCCACCAUGUCUGGUAUGAAUGAAACCCGUGCACGGUCCCUUUACUCUUCAUCGAGUCAAUCUACACUUGGCGCGAACUCGUUGCGACGGACGGUGUCACAACAGUCUCUGCACAGUACUGAGCCUAGCAAUGGAUAUCAAUUCCGACGUACGUCAAUGGCUCCGGACGAGGACGAUGAUACCGUUGGCGAAUUUGGCGAUGGAAAUGCGAGUCUUCAGAUGCAAGUGACUGCCUUACAAGCCGAUCUAGCAGAUAAGAAUCGGUACAUAUCUACACUCGAACGACGGCUACUUCAAGCGAGGCGCUCAAGUCAUUCAAGAAUGUCAAUGGGUUUAGCACAAUUGAAGAACGGGGACGAUGCCGACAUGAUGGCAUUACUACGUGAAAAGGACAUGGAGAUUUCCGAGCUACGUAUUCAACUGGACGACAAAGACCGGAUGCUCACUGCUCUUCGUUCUGCAGCCCGUCAGCGAGAUGUAGCUCAAAUGACUAUAGAUGUUCCGAGCCAGGACAAGCGAUUUGGCGGUCAUCAGACCAACGGGAGCAAUGCGAGCUCGCUUGCCAGCCCCCUGAGUGCCGGCAGCUCUGUCAAUGGCCUUUCACUGGCCAGUAUCUCAGAGCGAGAAACCCACCCGAACAGGAAAAGUGUUGACGAGGUGUCACGCAUGCUUGAUGAGAUGAUACAAGAUCGUGUUGAGCAGGGUCACUUGAACAAAACUUCUCGCCGAAGCUUGUUGUUUGCCAGUGGAACAGGCAAUCAUCCAGACCCGAUUUCACCCAAACCGCCUGCGAUCAGCGUUCCUGACCCGCGGACUUCUAUCGUUGAGGUACCAGAAAAUGUUUAA